AUGGCCCUGGAAGAAUCAAAUGGCCAGACCAGCAGAAAAUUUUGGAUUAUGGUAGGUAGACUGAAUUCAUCAGGGCAAAAAAUAAGCAAGGAUCUAAAACGGAUCCACGACUAUGAUGAGAUUGUCAGGCAUCAAAUGAAUGCGGGGUUCAGAACUGGUGCACUGUCUACUGCGCCAGUCUGUAGUUACUCCGGAAAAAGCUGGUACAAGCUCCGAAUAGUCUACGAUGCAUCAGCGCAUACGUCAGGAGCUAGUCUUAACGAAGCACUGCUUAGAGGAUUUGUAAUACUACCUAACCUAUGCGACAUCUUACUAGGCUAA